AUGGCGACAGAGGGAGCAGAGGCCUGGGGAAGCCUCUUUGGCCCGAGGCAUUCCCACUUAGAACUGUACAGAUGGCCGCCUUUGGACGGGCAGAUGCAGGAGGUCCCCUGGUCUCUAUUGAGCUUGGGCCCCGGCCGCAGCCCGGUAGAGGCUGUGGGGGUCCCCACCCCGUGGGGCUGCCCGGAGCGGGGACGGCGGCGGCCCGGCCAUGGGCCAGAAACUGCCUUCGCCACGCCCGACUCGCUGCUGGUGCUGCUGGACAUGGACGCGGGCACGCUCAGCUUCGUGGCGGACGGCCGCUACCUGGGCGUGGCCUUCCGCGGCCUGCGGGGCCGGAAGCUGUACCCGGUGGUGAGCGCCGUCUGGGGCCACUGCGAGGUCACCAUGCGCUACAUCAACGGCCUGGACCCCGAACCCCUCCCUCUCAUGGACCUGUGCCGGAGAGCCAUCCGCUUGGCCCUGGGCCGCCAUCGCCUGCAGGACAUCAGCGCCCUGCCCCUGCCCGAGGCCCUCAAGAACUACCUGCAGUACCAGUGA